CUUACCUCCAUCAUCACAAUCUCUCUCUCCCUCUCUCUCUCCCUCUCUCUCUCUCUUACUUACUGUUCCUUCUCCUGUUUGGUUCCGGAGAAAAUCGUGCGAAAUUGACGAGGAAAUUCUACAAAUGAGUUUGCCAGCAAAUCACUGCGGAAGCGCUUUCACUGAUUUCUGCAGAAUUUCGGGGUACAGAGUUAACGGGAGAAGCUGUCAUGGCAAAUACAGGGCGCCUAUCGCCAUGCGGUAUGGACCUUCAGAAAAUGAGGAUGGUCUCCAGCAAGAUUUUAUUCUUUCGGGGAAGAAUAACGGAAGCAAAAACCUAAAGUUAAAAACCAUUGUAAAUGCUGCGGCAGUGGCUAAUUUGGCUGCAAUUGACUCAGCAAAGGCUUUAAGUAUGAAGAGUGCCUUGAAUUAUUUUCCUUCGAGUCAGGAAGGAGCUGCUUCUGUUUAUACCUUGGCUGAUGGAAGCCUGGGAGAACUGUUAGGAGGCUUCUUAUUUUCAGCUGGGCAGCAAGCUAAUGAAGCAGUUCAGGACCAGUUAUCUGCUCUCAGUUUCACCAGUUUGGCAGUUAUUUUUGGGGCAGGCUUGGUUACCAGCCUUUCUCCAUGCACACUAAGUGUUUUACCAUUGACCCUUGGUUACAUUGGUGCUUUUGGAUCUGGUAAAGGCAGAGCUGAGGUUAUAGGUGAUUCCAUCGCAUUUGCAUUAGGACUGGCUACUACACUAGCACUCCUAGGCGUAGCGGCCUCCUUUGCUGGGAAAGCAUAUGGACAGAUAGGACAGGGAUUGCCUUUGGCCGCAUCGGGUUUGGCUAUUGUAAUGGGUCUGAAUCUCCUUGAGAUAAUUGAAUUACAACUUCCUUCCUUCUUUGACAACUUUGAUGCUCGCGCUGCUGCUGCUAACUUUCCAUCAAGUGUGCAAGCGUACCUAGCUGGACUUACAUUUGCAUUAGCUGCUUCACCUUGCAGUACCCCAGUGCUGGCCACCCUGCUGGGAUAUGUGGCUACUUCCAGGGAUCCAAUCAUAGGAGGCAGCUUGCUUUUGACAUACACAACUGGCUAUGUCGCCCCUCUACUUCUUGCUGCUUCUUUUGCUGGUGCACUGCAGAGCUUGCUUUCAUUCCGGAAGUUCUCAGCAUGGAUCAACCCAGCCAGUGGUGCACUUCUUCUGGGAGGGGGAAUCUAUACGUUAUUAGACAGGCUUUUCCCUGCUACAAUGGCAAUGUAGAAAUAUAUUGUCUCUGAAAAGCCAUUACCAUACGAUAGAUAGAAAAAGAAACUGCGAAAGGUGACUAGAAGGGGACAAAGCGGAGCGCUAUGACUCGAUUUCUCUCUAUAUCCUAUCAUCUGGACGAUCAUGAUACUGAAAUUGCAUUUGGUAGUCAGUAAACCAUUCUGUUGUUGCCUUCUCAUAACUUUGCUAAAAAUUAAGCUUACUGUUGUAAAGUAUUUUCUUAACAUUAUAUAAUCACAGAAAUAUUUUCUCUGGAAAAA